AUGAAUAUUGAAACACAAUCUGAAAAAUCAGAAAUUAAAAGUUCUAAGCGAGAAAGGUAUGUUUGGGAGGCUUUGAAUGCAGUUCAAAAGUGGAGAGACUUAUUUGAAAAUGGUUAUUUUAAUGAAGUAGGUAAUUAGAUAAAACCUUCUUUAAAGGAGGCAGCUAAUUUAGUUGGACUUCCAAAAAGAACUCUUGAAUAAUAUCAUAGUGUAUUUAAGUAAAUUUUUGUAUUUAUGAUAAGAAAAUUACCAUAAUUUAUAGAUAUUAUGAGAAUUCUAGACAAAAAAAUGGGAUAUCUAAAUUAGCUCAUUAAGCAAUAAAAAAAUGAACCAGCAACAACUUAGGAAUAAUAAGAGGAUAUUUAGUAAGAAUAGAGUUCUUGGGAUAAUAUGAUUAUUGAAGCAGAUGAUUAAUUAGCAGUAUAAAGGGAUACUGAUGAAUACUUGGAAAUGAAUCAGAUAGUUUAAUAAUAACAAAUUUUUGAAAAUGAAGAAGAUUAUGUAAAAUAUCUUUAAUUUGAAGAAGACGAAAAUUAUUGUUAAGAAUAUUACUAAUUCAAUGGUGAAGAAGAUUUCUUUUGUGAUCAAGAUUAAGCAAAUCCCAUAGCCUGAU